AUGAACCUAAUAUUAUAUUUAACGUUAUUGUUGCCAGUUUUUGCAACAUCGCCAACUAACGAUUAUACUCCAGGAAAAGUGAAAUGUCCUGGCACCAAACUAACUAGACUAGCUACAGCAAUAAACUCUAAGGAGGUUGGAUAUAUUUCAAAUAGAGGCAAAUUUUCAAAAUUGCAUCUCACUAACUUUUUACACAACGCUAACAUGUCCGAUUUCGAUAUUGACAAAUUUUUGGAAACAAACAAACCCAUCAUUGGUCUAGCAUUUAGUGGAGGUGGAUAUCGGGCAAUGUUGAGUGGUGCAGGUCAGUUAGCUGCACUUGAUUCUAGAGUAACAUCACCAGAUAGAACUUUAGCUGGCCUUCUCCAGUCAUCAUCGUACAUCACAGGAUUGUCAGGCGGCAGUUGGCUAAUAGGCAGCUUAGCAUGUAUUGACUUCCCCUCCGUUGAACAAGUGAUGCGCGAUAACAUUCUAUGGAAUUUUGAGCAUUCUAUUCUUGACUACUAUGGAUUGAAUGUGGCAGCUAACAAAUUAAUGUGGGCUAUGAUUUCAUUAGAUGUGUUAGGAAAACAAAUGGCCGGCUUUGCAACUAGCAUAACUGAUCCUUGGGGACGAGCUCUUUCAUACCAGUUACUAUCUACACUUAAGGACAACGGAGAUGCUAUGCUUUGGUCGGAUAUCACCAAUAGCUCAAGCUUUAAGAAUUUUCUGAUGCCAUUUCCUAUAAUAAGUGCCGUUUGUCGUGAGCAUGGAACUUAUAUUAGGAGCAUCAACUCCACUGUUAUUGAAUUCACUCCGUAUGAGAUGGGUUCAUGGGAUCCCUCUUUGAAUUCGUUUGUUGACAUCAAGUACUUGGGGACAAACCUAGAUGAUGGGAUCCCCAAGGAGGGAACUUGCAUGAGUGGAUAUGAUAAUGCCGGGUUUAUAAUGGGAACAUCGUCUAGUGUAUUCAAUGAAGCAAUCACAGAAUUAGAUCAAUCUGGGCUACCAAGCUUCCUCAUUGAGUUAAUCAAGAAAUAUAUUCUUACUCCUAUUGAAAGACACAACGGUGACGUAGCCAAUUAUCAUCCAAACCCGUUUUACAACAGUAAAAAUCAGAAAACACGUCUCGCCAAUUCCGAUACCUUGCUCCUUGUCGAUGGUGCCGAAGAUGGUCAGAAUAUCCCAUUGGUACCUCUUCUCAAUCGUAAUGUUGAUGUUAUAUUUGCCCACGAUAAUUCAGCCAAUACUGAUGGUUGGCCAGACGGGAGAUCUUUAAUAGCAACUUAUGAACGGCAAUUCUCUCUUCAAGGCGAAAAUUUGGCAUUCCCUUAUGUUCCCGAUCAGUCCACGUUCAGAAACUUAAACCUUACUUCCAAACCUGCGUUUUUUGGAUGCGAUGCACAAAAUUUGACUACGUUAACUGAUGAUAUAUAUGGGGUUCCAGUCGUGGUAUAUUUGCCUAACCGACCUUUUUCAUAUUGGUCAAAUACAUCUACAUUCAAAUUAGUCUACUCAGAAAAUGAACGACGUUCAAUGAUUAGAAAUGGAUAUGAAGUAUCCACAAGAAAAAACGGGACAUUGGAUUCCGAAUGGGCGGCAUGUAUGGGUUGUGCAAUUAUUAGGAGAAGUCAAGAAAGAAAUGGCCAAGAACAAUCCGAGCAAUGUAAGCGAUGCUUCAAGAGAUAUUGUUGGGAUGGUACUAUUUAUAGUGGACCGGAUUUGGGUGAUAAUUUUAGUGAUGAGGGGUUGACCAAAAGUGAUCAAUACUACAACAAGAAGAAUACACCGGGGUUUAAUAACGGUGCAACCAAGUUUUUCUAAUACUUU